GGAUGAUGGAUGGCAAUCGUGUCAUGAUCACAGCCUGUUCCUUCAUCCAGCCAUGGUCUCAGCUUUCUCUUGCCCAGAAAAGAGGCUUGAGUCUUGAAUACAGCAAGGGCUGCAACUGCACAGUCAUGUCCUGCCUUUCCAUGCCAUGUUUCAUCUCUUCUGACAACCAGUGCCUAUGGACAGAUGGGAUCAUGUCCCGGAUAUGGGAUGGUCUUCAGACCAAACGCCUGGCGUGCCUGCCACGAUCUGAGAGCUCUAACUUCUGCACCUGGCAAUCCCUGACUGCCCAAGGACCUGGCUCCCUUCGCAAGUCUCGCCUCCUGAGGCAGUAAACGUCUAUGGACUCUGGAGUGUACUCCUCUCCCUGACAAUCCCUCCGUUUCUAUCCGAGUUGUCUCUUUUUAAAUAAAUGCCAAUUCCAACAA